AUGGAUGGACACAGUCAGAAUCAGUAUCACAAUCAAAGUCAGAAUCAGCAAUCUCAACAACCGCCUCUGAAAAAAUACGUGACGCAGAGACGAUCAGUAGAUGUAAGCUCACCAUACAUCAACCUCUACUACAACAGAAGACAUGGAUUACCCAACCCAGUGGUAGAGCCAGAAACCUCAUACACAAUAGAUAUAAUGCCACCCAAUGCCUACAGAGGUCGAGAUCGAGUCAUCAAUUUACCCAGUAAGUUCACGCAUUUAAGCUCUAAUAAAGUGAAGCAUGUGAUACCCGCUAUCCAGUGGACUCCAGAAGGUAGAAGACUUGUAGUGGCAACUUAUAGCGGAGAAUUCUCUUUGUGGAAUGCUUCUUCUUUUACGUUUGAGACUCUCAUGCAAGCGCAUGAUUCGGCUGUAACUACGAUGAAAUAUUCUCAUGAUAGUGAUUGGAUGAUUAGUGGAGACGCAGAUGGAAUGAUUAAGAUAUGGCAACCAAACUUCAGUAUGGUUAAAGAGAUAGAUGCAGCACACACAGAAAGUAUUAGGGAUAUGGCGUUCAGUAGUAAUGAUUCAAAAUUUGUUACAUGUUCGGAUGAUAAUAUUUUGAAGAUUUGGAAUUUCAGCAAUGGUAAAGAAGAAAGAGUAUUAUCGGGACACCAUUGGGACGUGAAAAGUUGUGACUGGCAUCCUGAAAUGGGAUUGAUUGCCUCUGCAUCUAAGGAUAAUUUGGUUAAAUUAUGGGACCCCCGUUCGGGAAAUUGCAUUUCGUCAAUUUUGAAGUUUAAACACACUGUUCUAAAGACACGAUUUCAACCUGUCAAGGGUAAUCUAUUAAUGGCGAUUUCAAAAGAUAAGUCAUGCCGUGUAUUCGACAUUAGGUACAGUAUGAAGGAACUCAUGUGUGUAAGAGAUGAAACAGAUUAUAUGACACUAGAAUGGCAUCCAAUAAAUGAAUCUAUGUUCACUUUAGCGUGCUAUGACGGGUCAUUAAAGCAUUUUGAUCUUCUACAAGAUUUAAAUGAACCUGUUUUGACUAUACCGUAUGCCCAUGACAAGUGCAUCACUUCGUUAUCAUAUAAUCCAGUAGGGCAUAUAUUUGCCACCGCAGCUAAAGAUAGGACUAUAAGAUUUUGGACUAGGGCAAGGCCAGUCGACCCUAAUGCGUAUGACGACCCGACGUAUAACAAUAAGAAGAUAAAUGGUUGGUUUUUUGGUAUCAAUAAUGAUAUCAACGCUGUGAGGGAAAAGAGUGAGUUCGGCGCAGCCCCACCACCACCUGCUACACCUGAAUCACAUUCCUUACCAAAUAUGAAUGGAUUCAUCAACAAGAAACCGCAUCAAGAAAUUUCUGAAAUUGAUUCAUCGAAUAUCAAAAGUUCAACAUUACCAGGUUUAAGCAUAUAA